AUGUCACGAACAAUUGCAUCUCCUGUGGUGCUCACCAAACCACCAGACGCGCCAGGCUAUAACGGGUAUUUCUCCGUCGGCGAGAAUGACUUCAGCUCUAUAACCUGCAACAACGAUUAUACAUUCGUCACGGGCGCCUCAGGAGACAAUACGUACGGGCAGUGCUGCGCUGAUACUGAUUCCUGCCACCAUCCAACGGCAUGCAGUGGCAAUGUGCUGCUCUACGCGGACACAACACCGACUACUUGUUCAGACGCCUGCGUUAUGGUAACCCUCCACGAAAGCCUUUCUGAUGGCCACACAUUAGGCUGGGAAGCGACGUUACCGAUGUGCACGGCAUCUACACACCCAACAGACCAUUUCUGGGUCGCUACUUCGACGACCACAUUAACGGGCGACGACAUCACCUCUACUCCAGCCGAGCCCCAGCCUACUGCGCCGUCAGCCGCGCCAGAACCUACAUCUACAGAAACGCCCGAUUCUGGCGGGUCAGAGACGAAUGUCGGCGCCAUUGUCGGGGGCGUGGUUGGCGGCUUUGCGGGCUUGUCUUUGCUUUUAUUAGCGACGUGGUAUAUCCUGCACCGUCGCAAGCAUAAGAAUAUCGAGAUGAGGGAGCUGGGAGAGGGCUAUACCGCGGCGGGGACGGUCAGGUAG